AUGUUGCCGGCACCGGAACGGUCCCUCGUUUUCACUGAAGCUUCCUCUAUCACAUCUCGAGCCCGGUUACGCCACUUUCACGGUGCGGCUUAUAGUCCGUUAAACCGAGUCGUCUCUAUGUCUACGCCGUUGAAGAAAGGGAAGAAGGCGUGCACUGAGUGCCGUCAGCAGAAGGCAAAAUGUGAUGUUUAUUUAAAUCCGGACGAGCCAUGCACACGAUGUCGCAAAGUCAAGGCGGAAUGCAUUAUCUCGGACCCCUUCAAGAGGGAACACAAGCGCAGACGCCUAUCCGAUCUACAGCGCGAGUCUGAAGAAUUGCGGCGGAAACUCCGAGAAUCACAACCUGCAGAUCCCCACCCGUCGCCCAUUGCUCUUUUGACAGCUGCGGCGGAGCAGAGUCGAUCGGAUCCACAUGCCGCUUCUCUUCCUGCUUCGUCGCAUGUCUCGCCUGAAUCAUAUUUACCGCAGCUGCUAAAUCCGGGUCUGGGGUCGCAGACCCCAGCACCGGCCUACGAAAGCAACGAUGCCACACUGCCUAGAACUUUAAAUGGAGUUGAGCUCACAAGCGUCGAGAUCGACGAUCUGUUUCAAUUAUACUUCCGACAUUAUGCCCAGUUUCUGCCCAUCCUUGAUCCUCAUACCCGCCCGAACGCCUUCUAUGCGCAAUCUCCCUUCCUCUUCUGGGCAAUCAUUGGUGUGUCAUGCCGGGUCUAUCCGCAAAACCCCACGCUUUUGAUGGCGUUGGCGCGAAGUAUUGUUGACAUGGCAUUCAUGUCUGCGCUGUCUUCAUCAUCACCUUGGCAUUUAGUCCAGGCUUACUUGUUGAUUUUACAGUGGCCUUUUCCAAGGGGCGAUCAUCCUGAUGUGAACUUUACGAUUGCUGGGAUGAUGUUACAUAUCGCCAUGCAGAAUGGCUUGCAUAUCCCGAUGUCAAGUCAUGAAUUUUCACGUCGAAAGAUGCCAGCGCCUUCUGAAGCUGAUCUUUUGCGUCGGUCAGAGCUGUGGGCACUCUCUGUGUUUGUUUAUCACCGGGUGUGCAUGCAAAAGGGUCAAAUACCUCGAAUUAACUCGGCGCAAGAUCCAACGCAACGCCAGUCUAUUCUCGAUAAGAUCGCUCCGUGGUUAGCGUUGAAGCUUCGCUGCCAAGGGAUAGUUGGCAGGUGUAGCGAGGCAGUCAUAGAGAAUGGAAUCCAAGUAAUGUCCAUGGACCAGGAGCGGGCCCUCGAUAUCUUGCUCCGUACAUAUGAAAGUCAGAUAGAUGACAUAGAACUACAAGCGGUUACUGACGACGAGAGGUUUGAUGUCUUCCUUGCCCGCAUGGCUAUCCAAGCCUACCACUUCUACAAGAUCCAGACAUGGGUCUCAAGUGCAUGUUCCCCACGAGUCCUUGUCACAGCAUGCAACCUAAUCGACUACAUACAAUCCUUAACUGAUCGAGUCAGCAGUCUAGCAAUGGUCCCCGCACAAAUUCAGUUCGGUCUUUUCCUCGCCUCAGCCUCAUUACUAAGGAUCCUCAAAAGCCCUGCCGCUUCACACGGUCUCGAAACGAUUCGUGCACGAGCAUCCCUCUUCACAGCCAUCAACCUCGCCAAACAAAUGUCCGUCGACAGCGCAGAUAUGGCUUCCAAAAUAGUGAUUAUUCUCAGCGCAGUGUGGAAUAGCAACAAGGCAUUCCGCAGACCAGAUGGAUCAGAAUACACUACACUCCGCAUCCGAGGUCGGUUAGUAGUCGGUCCUGUUAUUGAUGCUAUUUGGUGGUGGCGGGACGAAUAUGAUCCCCCUUCCAGAUUCAGAUCUGUCGUUGAGCCUGCUGGUGGCAGUGUUUACGGACAUUCACGGUCGUAUGGAGCGCCGGAACCCGGGCCUACCGUAUCGGGGACUGAUACGAGUCAACAAGAUAUGACUGCCGGUCUUAAUCAGGAUGCAUUCCUUCUUGAUGAGCAGUUCCUGGCUGAUUUUGAGUGGGCCUUGACUGAUGAGGCGCUAUUUUCCACGGAGAAUUUGUCCAAUUCUUGGCCUGCGGGAAGUAAUCUGUUGUAG